AUGAAAAAUUAAAGGUUGGUGAACCAAAUACUCUCAUAAAUAAGCGUGUCAUUUUGUUCAGAUAAAAAAAAUACAAUGAUCCAGAAAAAUUCCAAAUCGAAAACAAGCGGAAGAUCUGGAAAGAUCACACUGACAAAGUCAUCUAGGGCAAUAUCGAAAAUCAUUUCUCAAACUAUUAUGAAUCAUAAGAUUAUUGCUCAAACUGUGAAUGUUCUGCGCACUUUCUUCAUGUUCCUCGUACCAGCUUCCUCUGCUAUUCUGCAAAUUUUAAGGUAUGGCGAGAUCGUUCGCGGUUGCACUACUAUGGACUCUAGUCCUGUUUGGAACCCUAACUCUCAUUCAGGUGCUGUCCACGGCAAAGGAGAAGGAAGAUUUGAAAGAGAUUACGCAUAAAGUUUACUUUCAUGUUGAGAUUGCUGGGAAACCUGCAGGUCGUGUUGUCAUGGGUCUUUUCGGAAAGGCUGUUCCUAAAACUGCAGGUACAGCCAUAUCACAUUCCAGAUUAGUUAAUACAUAUUGA